CUUGUCGCUUCGACAAUUUCAGUUGCAAACGAAAUAUCAGCGAGAUUAGUGUGUUAUGCAGUGUUUUUGAAAAACUGAAUUAAAUUUUUUUCAAAUCGAACAUAACAACAACAAAUUCUACCACAAGCAACUAACAACAUGCGUAGACUGUCGUUGCUACACUUGACCUUGGGCAUUUUACUCUGCCUGCUGGUGACUUAUAAACCCGCUGCUGCACUACGCAUCAAUAUCGGGCGUACUACUACACCAGCAGCAGCAGCAGCAACAACAACUAAUAUUGUGGAAUCGAGCACCCCAGCUUAUCGUCCAAUCUAUAUCAACAACAACAUACCGAAUAUCGAUGCCAGCUGUAUUGUACGCUAUAAGUGUGCAGCUAAAUUGAAGGGCGUCAACGUGUCGCCGCGGCCUUGCACUAAAUAUUGCGUGAAAUUCAUUGAAUGCCCGAAUGUGGAGAAGGUGGCCGGUUCACCCGGUCACUGCUUUGAGUUGGAUGCGGAUGCACUGCGCCAACAUUAUGAGAACCUUUCUAGAAGAGGCGGUAUAGUGCCGCUCAUGGAAGUAGCUAUGAUAGAUUUUCCAUGCCGUCCCGGUUUUCUACCCGACGAUUUGGGCCGCUGCCGUGAGGUUUGGUGAGGAGUGUGGUUUUGUGUUUGCUUCAACUAUGUAUGAAAAAUGUGCACGAAAUAAAGCCGUGGUGAAAACUUAAUAA